AUGCCCUCUAGCGUCGGUAGUGAGAUAGAUGACACAUUGUAUACAAGCCACCCCAAAACAGGCGUACUACUACUACCACAACUAUACUGCAGGGGACAGAAAUAUUCGAAGGAAGAUUUCGGGUCAACCAUUGAAAUCCUACGGGUCGCUUCGAAAUCUGCCCUAUCUCAUGGAUUUGGAUACAUUGCCAAAGUUUGGUAG